AUGAUAUGCCUGGAGUUCACCAGGGACAGGAUACCAUGCUACGAGCUCGCUGACAUACUGUCGGAAUGCAAUCAAGGCAAAGCGGCCGAUAAAUUACGUCGAUAUAAUAAGUCGGAAAUUUUCAUGGAGUACGUGGAAAAUGGACGUGAUCUUAGAGUGAUCAAGGCCAAAACUUUACGCUCUGGGGUUCGUUCACCCGAGCCUAGGGGUGUUGCCUUGAUCAUAUUAAACGAGGUGACUCUCAAAACCGAAGCGGACAGAUUUGCCAGCAUAUACAAUCAAUUAGAUUUUGACGUUAUUUAUAACGUAAGGACCGAGUUCCUUACUUGCAACGAAAUUGCACUUCUGUUAAGUGAGGUGCGCCAAAAAAUUAGCAAGGACAAACGCGAGCACGAUGCGUUCAUUUUGAUGUUUAUCGGUCAUGGGGUUAAUGAUUCGAUACAGGGUAAAGAAUCGUGGUUUGGUGAUGGUUACUCCUAUUUUGGACGCGCACUGAGCCAUAACAUAGCACAGUUUGCCUGGUAUAAGGAUAUGGAUGAGAUUUUUCGUAAGACAAUACUCAGAAUGGAGCAAGAUUUCAUGGCUACAUUUGGCGCGUGCACCUUGCACAGAAAUCCGGAAAUGAGACAAUUUGCAUGCGAGCGGCUGCUAUUUUUUAAUCCCGGUCUUCCUGAUAAUGAUUAG